GCUCCUCACACACAGACAGAAGACAGAGGCGCACCCGCGACCGCGAGAGGCGAGGAGACCACUCCACCACCACCACGACGCCGCGGGGGAGACGAAGUGACGUCGCGUUCGGCCCCCUCAUAAAUCUCGCCCUCCAUUCUCUCUCUACCCGAGCCCAGCAGUAAAAAAUUUGGGGGGAGGUGAAGCGAGCGGAGCAGGAGGGAGAGAGAGGGAGGGGGAAAGACGAACGACGCCGGCCGCGGCGAAAUCGGAGGCGAAUUCGGGGCGCGGGGCUCGGUCCGGCCGGGAAUUCGCGCGAUUCGGACGCGGGUUCGCGGGACUGGAUGGUGAGCGCGCGCGCGGAGGCGCCGCGGAUGUGAUGAUCUGGUGCUCGGGAUGACUUCGGCGGCGGCCGCGGCCCAGGCGGCGGGAGGGGGUGGAGGAGGAGGAGGAGUCUGCGAGGGGGAUGCCGCUGCCGCGGCGCGAGGCGGAGGCGGAGGCGGAACGGAGGACGGCAUGUACACGGAGCUCUGGAGCCUCUGCGCCGGCCCGCUGGUCACGGUGCCCAGGGUCGGGGACAAGGUCUACUACUUCCCACAGGGCCAUAUCGAGCAGGUGGAGGCAUCGACCAACCAGGUGGCUGAGCAGCACAUGCAACUUUACAAUCUCCCAUGGAAGAUCCUGUGUGAGGUCAUGAAUGUUGAAUUGAAGGCUGAGCCGGACAAUGAUGAGGUUUAUGCCCAGCUCACUCUGCUACCUGAAUCGAAGCAGCCAGAGGAGAAUGGCUCUAGUCAGGAGGAGAUGCCUGCUGCACCUCCUGCUGCACUUGCAAGGCCACGUGUGCACUCCUUCUGCAAGACAUUGACAGCCUCUGACACCAGCACACAUGGUGGUUUCUCGGUGCUGCGUCGCCAUGCAGAUGAAUGCCUUCCACCGCUGGAUAUGAGUCGUCAACCUCCAACACAAGAGCUUGUGGCCAAGGAUCUGCAUGGUGUGGAAUGGCGCUUUCGUCACAUAUUCAGAGGUCAACCCGGAAGGCUUUUUUUGCAGAGUGGCUGGAGUGUUUUUGUUAGUGCAAAGCGUCUUGUUGCUGGGGAUGCCUUCAUCUUUCUGAGAGGUGAUAAUGGGGAGCUGCGUGUGGGAGUCAGGCGUGCCAUGAGGCAGCAAGCAAAUGUUCCGUCUUCAGUAAUAUCAAGCCACAGCAUGCAUCUUGGUGUUCUUGCUACUGCAUGGCAUGCUGUUAACACUGGGACCAUGUUCACUGUCUACUACAAACCUAGGACAAGUCCAGCUGAGUUUGUUGUCCCCUGUGAUCGCUAUACGGAGUCACUGAAACGAAAUUACCCUAUAGGGAUGAGAUUUAAAAUGAGGUUUGAAGGUGAAGAGGCUCCAGAGCAAAGGUUCACUGGGACGAUUGUUGGAAAUGUGGAUCCUGAACAAGCUGGAUGGGCUGAAUCUAAAUGGCGUUACCUCAAGGUGAGGUGGGAUGAAGCUUCCUCCAUUCCACGUCCUGAAAGGGUUUCUCCUUGGCAAAUAGAACCUGCAGUCAGCCCUCCCCCUGUCAAUCCACUUCCAGUACACAGGCCCAAGAGGCCUCGCUCUAAUGCUGUAGCUUCUCUGGCUGAGUCUUCAGCUCCAACAAAAGAAGCUGCUCCGAAGGUCACAUUAGAGACUCAACAACAUGCCCUGCAAAGGCCCUUGCAGACCCAGGAUAAUGCGGCCCCAAAAAGUGGUUUUGGUGAUAACAGUGAGUUGGACGCUGCUCAUAAGUCAGCCCUGCGACCAUCAGGGUUUGAUCUAGAGAAGAACACCAUUGGCAUGCAGAGGAAGCUGGGUUCAGAUAGUUGGAUGCAUAUGAACAGACCUGAAGGAUACAAUGAAAUGUUAUCUGGAUAUCAACAACCUAAUAAAGAUGUACAGAAUCCACAGGGUUUCUGUUCUUUACCUGAUCAGAUUGCUGCCGGUCGUCCUAAUUUCUGGCACACCGUAAAUGCUCAUUAUCAAGACCAGCAAGGCAAUCACAAUCUAUUCCCUGGUUCAUGGUCCAUGAUGCCUUCAAGUACUGGCUUUGGGUUGAACAGACAGAGCUAUCCAAUGAUGCAGGAAGUUGGUGGGUUGUCUCAGAGUGCUACGAACACCAAGUUUGGGAAUGGAGCUUAUGCUGCACUACCUGGUCAUGGCAUUGAUCAAUACUCUUCUGGAUGGUUUGGGCACAUGAUACCUGGUGCUCGCAUGGACGAUGUCCAGCCACGCGUGAUUAAGCCUCAACCUUUGGUCCUUGCUCAUGGUGAAGCUCAGAAAAUGAAAGGCAAUUCAUGCAAGCUUUUUGGAAUUCACCUUGAUAGCCCAGCCAAAUCUGAACCUUUGAAAUCUCCACCAAGUGUUGCCUAUGAUGGGAUGCCACAAACUCCAGCAGCAGCUGAAUGGCGGAUGGUUGAUUCAAUUGAAGCAGACAGAUGUUCUGAUCCACUUAAGAUGCCAAAGCAACUCGAUGCUACACAGGUAGAUCCUGUUCCAGAGAAAUGUUCACAAGUUUCAAGAGGCACACAGUGCAAAUCACAAGGUGGAUCAACUAGGAGCUGCAAGAAGGUCCACAAGCAAGGAAUCGCACUUGGCAGGUCUGUGGAUCUUACAAAGUUCAAUGGCUACACGGAAUUGAUUGCUGAGCUGGAUGAGAUGUUUGACUUCAAUGGGGAGCUGAAAGGUUCUAACAAGGAAUGGAUGGUUGUGUACACCGACAAUGAAGGUGAUAUGAUGCUGGUUGGGGAUGAUCCCUGGAAUGAGUUCUGCAACAUGGUCCACAAGAUCUUCAUCUACACAAGGGAGGAGGUCCAGAGGAUGAAUCCGGGCACCCUGAAUUCAAGGUCCGAGGACAGCCUUGCUAAUUCAAUGGAAAGGGGCUCUACUGCUAGGGAGACACCUGGCAGCCUAUCCGCCUCUUCCCUUGACUCUGAGAACUGCUAAUGCCUUUGCAGCUGGUCGUCUGAAGUAACAACUGGGAGGAAAAGGCAAUGUAUCCAUAGGUUUCCUAGUGGAGCUUAAAUGCUUUUCUUUUAUAUAUGCAUUGGACGAGCCCAUAGUACCCUAGUAUUUAUAGAUGGUGCUCGUCCUGGUGGUCUAAGUUGAACCCUCUUAUUCGCUGCAGUUUUGGUUUCUCCUUUCGGUGAGGUAGGUUAGUUGGUUCGCUUGUCGUACCACCUAAUGUACGCGUAGCAAACCAAGCGAAGCCCUCCCGCGCUUUCCCUCGGCACAAAGCGUUGUACAUAUAUCAUCUGGUAAUCGUCUCUCCUGUGUCCCGUGCUUAAAGCUUCGCUGCUGGGUUGCUGUUUGGAGGCCCCGCCGUUCCUCCCUCUAGUUUGAGUCUUGUUUGCACUUGCAGAAUUGGGGGCUUGAACUUUUCUACUGCUGGUGUAGUGAUUGACCAAUCAUGCUGAGCUCUCCUUUCAGCUUAAGGUUCCAGAUUGUUUUGCCGC